AAGGCCACUCCUUUUCUCCUUUGUAAGCUUAUCUUCUCUGCAACAAGCGGCCGGGAAGGGAGGAGAAAAAAUGGUUUCGCUAAAGCUCCAGAAGCGGCUCGCCGCCAGUGUCCUCAAGUGCGGGAAAGGCAAGGUCUGGCUCGAUCCCAAUGAGGUCAACGAAAUCUCCAUGGCGAACUCUCGCCAAAAUAUUAGGAAGUUGGUCAAGGAUGGUUUCGUCAUCAGGAAGCCAACCAAGAUCCACUCCCGUUCUCGAGCACGCCGUAUGAAAGAGGCUAAGAGAAAGGGUCGACACUCUGGAUAUGGUAAGAGAAAGGGUACCAGGGAGGCAAGGUUGCCGACCAAGAUCCUCUGGAUGCGGAGAAUGCGUGUUCUCAGGAGAUUGCUCCGCAAAUAUAGAGAAUCCAAGAAGAUCGACAAGCAUAUGUAUCAUGACAUGUACAUGAAAGUUAAGGGUAAUGUCUUUAAGAACAAGCGUGUGUUGAUGGAGAGCAUCCACAAGUCGAAGGCCGAGAAGGCAAGAGAGAAGACAUUGUCAGACCAAUUCGAGGCUAAGAGGGCCAAGAACAAAGCCAGCAGGGAAAGGAAGUUUGCUCGUAGGGAGGAACGAUUGGCACAGGGACCUGGGGAGAAACAACCACCCGCGACAUCGGCAGCCCAACCUGCUGCUCAAUCUACUCAGCCAUCGAAGAAAUCGAAGAAGUGAGAAUUUUACAAAGGAGCAUCAUAGGGGAAGGUUUACUUCUGAUGGCACCAUUAUUCUAGAGUAGUAGUGUUUUGAGGAGGGCUUUUGCAGCUUUUUUGUUCAGUUUGGACCUUGUUACUUCAUCAUGUCGAAGACACCAAGGAUUUUAAGCCUGGUAAUUUUGUUAGUUUA